AUGGUUGACCACCGAGAAACCAUCAUAACCACAGCAGGUGGCUUAAUUCCCUUGCUCCACCAGGAAGAAGAAAAUAGCUCCAGAUGGUCCGACCCUCCCGUCGACGUCCUCGAGCUAAUCCUCCGGCGGCUCGGCCCCAUCGACCACCUCCGGUUCGGGUCGAUAUGCGGGUCAUGGAGGUCUGCCCGAUCCCUCCACCGGACACGCGUCGACCUCCCUACCCCGCAGCUUCCGUGGCUCAUGUUCGGUCCAUCAUCCUCCCUCCCCAAUGGCUACCGCUUCGAGUUCUUCAGCCUCUCGGAUGGCCGCCGUUACAUCAUCAGCAUACCAUCAAGAACUCCGAGGCAGCACUCGGUCAUCGGCUCCUACGCCAACUGGCUUUUAACCAAAGCGGAUCACAAGAUUUUUCUCAUCAACCCUUUCACCCGCACAGAGCUAACCUUGCCGAGGAUUAUAGGGGAGUGCGAGGGAAAUCCUUACCUCUCCAUCGCCGUCUCAUCGCAUCCCCGCGCUCCCUACGGUGCGAUCUUGGUGGCAAACCUGAUCAAGGCGUCGUUCUUCUACCUUCGUCACGGCGACAGGCGCUGGCUCAAGUUUCUUCUUGGUCGGCAAGACGGGAAGCUCUGUCAACUCGUGGCGGUCGGAGGGAAGUUCUACGCUUUGACUUUCCAACGUCGGCUGGUCGACAUCGACCUCGAUCGAUCUCCAGUAGCGGUGGUCGUGAAUCAGGAUGGAAGUAACUUGGGGAACCCCUAUGGUACGCAUGCUUUCCUGCUCGAGUCCGACGGAGACUUGCUGGUUGUCGCCAUGAACUGCCCGAACCUCUACGAGAGUACUUCGUUCAGGAUAUGGAGGCGGAACGUCGAGACGUCGUCGUGGGUGCCGAUGGAGAGCAUCGCGGACCGAAUUCUUUUCUUGGGCCCGGGCAGCCCCAUCUCCACGUCUGCGAGAGAGCACGGAGUUGCCGGCGGGCGGAUAUUCACGAUAGGACCAGAUUCUCCGGGGAUUUAUGACCUGAGAACGCACAGAGGGGAGGUAUUUUGCAGCUGCAUGAGCUCUUCACGGCCCACUUGGAUUGCGCCUAGGUUGUUCUAUUGGGAGGGACGUGCAGGCGAGAAGCAAUGGUGGGAUUAUGCCAAAGUCGCCUUGAAGAAGGUGCUUCGAACCCUUUCCUAG